AUGAGGGCAAGUGAAUUUGAUCUUCAGUUGAAGAUUUUGAGGAAGAGCACUCAAUACCACUCCAAGUCUCAUGAGGACCUCAGGAGCUACAAUGUGCAAAAUGUGUUUGUGCUCUGCACCAAGGGAGAAAUGGUGAAGUACAGGGUUCCAGGCUUGUUAGAAUCCUACCGGCAGAAGGGAUUCACGGUGAAUCACUAUCCUUUUCCUGAUGGAAGUGUUCCAGAUAUUGCUAGCUGUUGGAAAAUUCUGGAAGAGUUGAGAAUCUGCUUGGAAAAUGACAAGACGACCCUUAUCCAAGCUGUAGAUGUUGUGUACAUGGACUUCAAGCUUGUGUGUAAGGAUUUACUGUGUUUUAUUAGAGAGCUGCAAAAUAAAUCAGGUUCUUAUUUGUUUGUUUGAUAGCAAUACAACUACUUACAUGAUUUUCGGGAUAAUGUGGCAACGUACUUGGCAACAAAGGAAGACUCAGCAGGCCGCUCAGUGUCGAGAUAAAAUGCUGACAUUUCAGGCUAUAUUUUCCAAUCAUUUGUAAAUACUAUACAUCCAACUUCAAGCUUUAAAACAAAUGAUGUUCAAACAUAUUCAAUACUUAAGGUUUCAAAUUAUUGUACACUGAAAUUGAUUAUCCACAUACAUAAACCAGUGCAAAUAAUUAUUUAUUGUCAUCAACGAUAAACUCUGUUCCAUUAGCAGUGUUAUUCUUUGCCGUUUGUGAGUUAAUAGAUGUGAAAUAGGUCACUCUGAAUCUCCCAAAACAAGUUGUUGCUUGUACUUAGCUAAUAAAUUAGUCUACUGGCAAGUCAUGAAAGUAAAUUACUUUACUGGUAUGACAAGUUUCCAACAUUGAGGUUUAAUGUAUAGGGUGCUAUACUAUUUUCUGCCCAAGUGUAUGUGCAUUCCUCUUUGCUGAAACAUGCAUCUUCUCAACAUUGCUAAUGCUUUAGUUGGACUUUCCAACAAUUAAUAGAAAGAAAACUGGACACUUGAAAUGGGAUAUUAAAGUAGAAAGCGAAAAAUAUGGUAGCGUCUUUUUGUAUGAACCACCAUGGGUUCCAAGACACUAUUUGACACUCAAUCAGGGAAUUAUUGUUCAUAAUUGUUACUCAACUAAGUAAUCUUUUUCAGUGAUAUUGGCCAUAUAAUUACUAUAACAUUUUACUUGAACAAUUAUUUCAUUAAUAUAUCAAGGUGCUUUUUGGCUAAAGAAAAACAAUCAUGAGGUGUGACACGGGCCAGAAGAGGAGUAAUCUCGCUCAGCUACCUUAAAGUACCUGUUCUAAGCGUUAACACAUUGUAGUUUGGUUAUAUGUAUUCCUUCCAUAACCUCAGCUUAUCCAAAGCACAAAAUUAGACAAUAUUCCAAAUUAACCCAAAAUUAUUGGUUUGCAGAGGGUGAGUCUAAGUGCUACCAGAUACACUGCAGCAAAUCACCAAGACUAUUUCAGCAGCACUUCCCAAAUCUGUGAC